AAAGACCAAAAGUUGGGGUUUUCUUUUUCUCUCGCCCCUUAGCUUUCUGCUCCCAAUUUCCAACUCCGCCCUUCCUCCGCCGCACGCCAUGAUGGAACCGCCGCCUCUGACGACCGCUCAGCCGCUUCCGACGGCGGCGUCGCCUCAGCUCAAUUAUCCGGAGUCGUUGGACUCAUCUCCGAGGUCUCGCAACACGGACACGUGGGAUGAGCCGCUUGCCCCCGGCCCUCUAGCAGGCCGUCUUCGUCUUAUGUGCAGCUACGGCGGCCAUAUAGUCCCUCGCCCUCACGAUAAGACUCUGUGCUAUGUCUGUGGUGAGACUCGGAUCGUUGUUGUCGACCGCCAUACGUCUUUAUCUGACCUCACUGCGCGUUUGUCGAAGACGCUUCUCAAUGGUAGGUCGUUUACCCUGAAAUAUCAGCUUCCGAACGAGGACUUGGAUUCUCUCAUUUCUGUUACCACCGAUGAGGAUUUGGAGAAUAUGAUUGAUGAGUAUGAUCGGACGGCGAGCAAUUCGUCUAACCCUGCGGCAAAACCCUCGCGACUUAGGUUGUUUCUGUUCCCGACGAAGCCGGAUGUUUCUCAGUCGAUCGGGCCAAUUCUCGAGAGCUCGACUAGUUCGGAGGACUGGUUUCUGAAUGCUUUGAAUGGUGCCGGUUUUCUCAAUAGAGGUUUUUCCGAUUCUGCAUCGGUCAAUUGCUUGUUAGGGCUUGAUGAUGAUGUUGGUGUUAAUAACCUCGAUUCGGGUCCGAGGGAGGCGGAUGGUUCUCAGCCUGGGUCGUUGGGAAAUGGUAAGAGUGGAAAACAGGAUAUUCAUUCUGUCCCUGAUUCACCCAUGAUCGAGACGACAUCGUCAUUUGGGUCUACCUCUUCUUCGCCUUCUCUCGCGAAUUUGCCGCCGAUCCGGGUUCAUGUGGAGGAUAGCGUCAAUAGCGGUGGCUGUGGUGCUGCUGCAGUUCGAAUUCAAGAUCAGAAGGUGGGAGUUGAGGAGCAAUUUUCGCAGAUGAUUAUUGGUCAAAAACAGCAAGAUGAAGCUUUCACAGCACUCUCAUCGCCGCCUCCUUUACCUACAACUAUUGUGGCUUCUGCGGCGGGCUCUGCAAUACCUGUGAGCUCAGCUGCCGGAGUAGGUGUAGGAGAUUAUACAAACCGGGUGAUCUCCGAUGACGAAAGAUCGGAUCACGGGGCGCCAGUCGGAUACCGGCAACCACUACCACCUCAGCCACAGUCUCUGGCCCCCCAAUUGCAGCAGAAAUCAAGUGGACUUGUUGAUAUUCCUUCCCCGGAUUCGGUGUCAAGUGAUACUAGUUUAAACAAUCAGAUGUCUCGCUCAAAACCUGUGAUGUAUCAAGAACAAGUUGUUCAUCAAAUUCCCUCUUCAACCGCUUGGCUUCCUGGCAAUCCCGCAGAUCCAGAAGUCAAUAUUUCUGAUCAAAACGCUCGGGUUCAUAUUCCACAACAGGUCCAAGAAUCAGGAUAUGUGUUACAAUCUCAUUACGAUCAGCAUCAACAUCAGCAACUUCAGCAACUUCAGCAGCAACAGCAACAACAGCAGCUUCAGCAACAACAUCAACAACAUCAACAACAGCAACUUCAGCAACAACAUCAACAGCAGCAACUUCAGCAACAACAUCAACAGCAGCAACUUCAGCAACAUCAACAACAGCAACUUCAGCAACAUCAACAACAGCAACUUCAGCAACAACAGCAGCAACAGCAGCCACAGCAACACCCAUCUCAACCACAGCAAUUCAUACAUGCAGGCGCACACUACAUCCACCAGCACCCAUCUGGUGCAGUUCCUAUUCCAGCAUUCUUCCCUGUAUAUUCUCCUCAGCCCCAUCAUCAUCCCCAUCAGAUGGAGCAGCAGUAUCCAGUCUACUACCUGCCUGCUAGACAGGGCCAAGCUUAUGGCAAUUUGCCAGUACAGCAAUCUUCCAUCAGCGAGUCUGCCACUGCUAUUCCUCCUGGCCGGCCCCAAACCCCACCCAAUCCAACUUUGGUUACAAGUGCAGCUUACAACCACGUAAGGAAUGCCCCUAUUGCAAAAACUGAAAUGGCUGCCAAGGCAUACAAACAGACAACUACAGCUGCUCAGUCGUUAGUUCAGGUUCCGACAAAUCAGCAUCAGCAACAAUAUGUUGCCUACAACCAGGGUUAUUCUCAUAUUCAGCAUCCAUCCCAAUCGGUUGCACCUACAUCCGCUACUGCAAAUUAUGCCUAUGAAUUUUCGGACCCUGCUCAUUCUCAGAUAUACUUUACUCAACCUCUAGCACCUUCUCAGUACCAAGCCAUGCCAGCAGCUGCUGUAAUGCUGCCUGAAAAUUCUGCUCAGCAUCCCACUGACAACAUCAAGCCGCAGAUGAGAACUUCACAACCAUUAUAGUCUGUUCAGAAAGAAGAAACAAUUUUGGAAUAAAGUAUUUGGUUUUGUUUACAAUAUUCUAUAUUAUUGUCUGUCUUGUUAUUGGUAUCUAUUGGUUUGUGCAUGUAUCUGAGAUAAGAGAUAAUAAGUAAUUGUUGUUGUCUUCUUGGUCGUGUGUCAUAUUAUUUGUUUAUUGUCAUAGAAAAUUAUAAAGUGGUCUGGAUAUUAUAGUUAUACUGUAAAAGUUCUGAACUCAAACAUGGUGUGCUUGUGCAGGCAAUGUGCUAUAGAAUUAGCAAGCUUUUUUACAUC